AUGCAAGGCUCUGUACGCCGCCUAACAAACGAUGCCAGAAGCUCCCCAAGACCCCGAGUCCAUGUCCUGGGUCUCGGCAGUAUUGGCACGUUUGCUGCACACUCGCUCUCCGAAAUUCCUCAUCCUCCGGCUGUGACCUUGCUCUGCCACCGACCAUCCCUCCUCGACGCAUACCGCGACAAUGGAAACCAAGUCUCACUUGAGACGAGAGAAGGGCAGAAGAUAGACCACCAGGGCCAUGAUCUGGAGGUGUUUCGGGAUGGGAAUUGGUACGCAGGUGCAGCGUCGGCGGAUGCUAGUUCACCAGAAACCAGCAUCAUCGAAAACCUCAUAGUAGCCGUGAAAGCCACCCAGACAGCCUCCGCACUUGAAAGGUUACGACACCGAUUGACCCCAGAAUCGACUAUUCUCUUCUUGCAAAACGGGUGCGGGAUGAUCGACGGGGUUAACGCCCAGCUUUUCCCUGAUCCCACCGAGCGCCCAAAAUAUAUCGUCGGUGUCAUCUCUCACGGAGUCACUCUCCGCAAAUCUUUCGACAUCAUACACACCGGCUUCGCAGCGACUUCGCUUGGGUUGGUGCCAAAGUUAGAUGGCAGCCAAGAAACUCUAGAGCAUAACUAUUUACUCGGCGCUCUUCCCUUGUCUCCGCGCCUCAAUGCCACCGCCUACAACUACACCGAUGUGUUCCAGAUCCAGCUCGAAAAGCUAGCCGUUAAUGCCUUCUGCAAUCCUCUUUGCGCACUCAAUGAUGCAGAAAAUGGCUUCUUGUUUACUCUACCUGACAUGCGGCGCGUCAUCCUGAAAGAAAUCUCAACCGUGGUUUAUGCGCUGCCAGAGUUACGCCAUGUGGAGAAUUUGAGAGAGCGAUUUGCCGUCGACAGACUAGAGACGACGGUAAACGCGAUUAUCGAAAAGACAUUCCACACAACGUGUUCCAUGGUGUGGGACUUGCGGGCAGGUCGCGAAACCGAGAUCGAAUUCAUCAACGGCUAUUGGGUCAAGAGGGGAAGAGAGCUUGGAGUGCCCACGCCCAUCAAUGUGGAACUGGUUGAGAAAGUUACGAGACGGAACCGAAGUUAG